AUGAGCGGCGACACGGUGGAAAUCGUCGAGAGAGAAAACUAUGGAUGUGGAGUGGCCAUUAGCCAGCUUCUGGCUUCCAGCGAGUAUGCUGAUCCGAGGGCUCUAUUUGUGAGAGGCACAGUCUCCUUUGAACAAUUUCUCAACGAUGGUCUUCCGUCACACUUGCUCGCAGCGCAGCAGUUUCUGAAUUUUGCUCUUGAUCGACCACUGAGCGACUCAGAUCUGGAUUUGGAGGGCUUAAUUGCUGGGAAGUGUAUGCAAGUUCUUGUGGAACUUUUUCAAUACUCCAGGAACAAAGACUGUUUGAUCGAAGCCAUGCGUAUCAGCGACCGUGGUCUGCAGAAGCUCCCUUCAGAGAGUGUUAACCCACGGUUCAUGAUCCUGCACACUCUGAGCUUGGUGCUCGAAAAGAGUUACAUGUCUGGAGGUGGUCUACCAGACCUGAGUAUGGCGAUCCAAAGAUCUCGCGAAGCAGCUAACCUUGCCAACACUAAUCUGGAGAAGAUUGGCGAAUUGAAUUUGCACAUGAGCCGGACGAAUCUGUCGAAUCAAUUGAUGCUGAAGUAUAUGGAAAUCAAGAUAUCUGCUGACAUCAAAGAAGCGAUUGAAAUAAACCAGGUCGUCUACGACGCGUUCGCGAGUGACACUGUUCGGCGGGCAGAGGCAUCCAGCAACCUGUCUCUGAAGUUCCUCAGGCGAUACCUCCUGGCUGAACCGCAAGAGUUAGAAGAUUUGAGUCAAUCGAUCAAACUUCUAGAGGAGUCCGUACACCUGAGUGCUCAGAAUGCUCCAAUGCUACCACGAAGGAUCGUCAACCUCACUACUUGCCUGCAAAUGAGAUUUCAAGAAAAGGGGACAAUCGCAGACGUUGAAGCGGCUAUCCGAUACUUACGGCAAGGCUUACGUGUUGUCCCUCCUAGCAGUCCCCUAGCUUCAACGCUGCAAGAAUCACUAUCUCACUUCACCAUGAUUCUCAGUCAACCAGACGCCGCUCGCGCCGCUUUCGAAUUUUCACGAAUCCUAAAUCAAAUGGCUCGCGACAACAAAGAGGGAGGGAAUAAGACCGAAUCUGAUUCCAGAGCCGACGAAAGCGUCCACUGUCGAGACAUCUUGUCUUUUCUCGAUAGCCCUGAUGCGCUCGUAUUGUACUGGGUGCUGCUGACGUUCUGCAUUUGGGCAAUGGUAGCACACCUAACAUAUAUUGGGUAUGCUGCAGAGUCAUCCAAUGAGCAGACCCGUCGGUUGGAGGUAUCCCUACAAGACCAAAUCGAACGCUGGCUCGAGUCAGAUGAUCAAAACGAUUUGAUGGAAGCAAUUUCACUCGUCAAGAGCUCCGUUCUCAACGGCCCCGAUAGUUUUCUCGCUCGAGAGAAAAGUCUGGUCGAUAGGAGACAACAGCUUAUAUCAUUUGCGUCCCUCUUGAGUGGGCUUGUUCCAGGUCCCAGCAUUCUCAAGAUCGACAUAGAGCUUAGUCUAUAUGAGGCGUCUCUGGAGAUUAUGCCCAUUUCUUCGCCUGAACAAAUCGACCUUGUGAAUUAUCUGGCAAAUUUAUAUCUUGCCCGGUUUCGGCUGGGCGGAGACCGGAAUGACCUUGAUAAAGGUCUUUUGACGACCCAAAUUGGCCUUGAGCAGGCUGAACCGAGCGAAUCACGCAAUUAUCUCAUGGUCACACAUGCAUCAAUGCUAUCGAUGCAAUAUGAGGUGACCAAUGCUCUUGGAGACAUGAAGCAGUCAAUUGACUGGCUUUGCAGAGCACUCUGCCAAUUACCAGGAACCUCUAACAAUAAUGUGCUUCGGGGCAGCAUCCUUGGAAGCCUUGCACGUAAUCUGUCACUGUACCGGAGGGAUGUUGGAUUCCCUCAUAUUGCGCAAGAGGCAAUUAUCUUGUUGAUUAAUGCACUCAGCCUUCCGAAGCUCUCGAAGGAUAGUCUCUUUCAGAUAACACACACUCUUAGUGCUUUGCUUUCUAACAAAGACAACGAAAAUCAGGAGACCAAAUAUUUAGACAUAUGUCUCCAGAUUUCAGAAGCAAAUCUUGAAUUUGCGCCACCUAGCCAUCCCAGACGCUGUGAGGCUCUUCGAAGCCUAGGACAUAAACUCCGAAGCCGGCAUAGGAUCAGCAAAAAAGUUGAGGACAUUAAUAGAGCCAUAGCUCUUACCGAGGAAGCCAUUGAAAUCAUACCCAAGACUUCCGUGCGACGAAGUGAAUAUCUGCUACCGCUGGCGGAUGCCCUAGAACAAAGGGCUGACGCACUGAACUCUUUGGCCGAUAACAACGCUGCAAUCGAAAGAUUUGUCGAAGCAUUCAACAACGAGUAUACGGCAUAUCAAGUGAUGCGAAUCAAGGCUGCCGGAAACGCAACUCGAAUGCUAGUAAGGGAGAAACGCUAUUUGGAAGCCAGUGCGCUUCUCGCCAAAGCGGUUUCAAUCUCAUCCGUACUAGCUUCAAAAUGGACCGAGACGGGCGAUAUACAACGUAUAGUCGGCGACGUGAACGGAUUGCCAUCAGAUGCUGCAGCCAUGGCACUUGAGGCCGGGAAGUCACCGUGGGAGGCGUUGAAUCUUCUUGAGACGGGGCGGGGAAUCAUUCUUGGUGCGAGCAUGGAAAUGCGACGCGACGUUUCGAAACUCAAAUCCAUAAGCCCUCAAGACUACGAAGAAUACGAGUUGCUCAGAGAUAGCGUAGCGGAUCCACACGCUGCGUCUCGAGGUGAGAACACCGGCGCCAGGGCUGCAGGAGAGACUGCCCCUGGGCGCAGGAUGCAGCAGUACCAAAAGCUCGAGGAGGUGAUGACGCGGAUUAGAGCCAUCCCCGGCCUCGAGGACUUUAACUGUCUCCCAUCCGAAGCGAAGCUGAUGGAGCUGGUGGAGUCAGGACCAGUGGUCACUGUGCUGAGCAGUCUUUACACUGAUCACACAUGGGCCAUUCUUAUUUCGAGAAACGGGAUACAGCCCCUCCUCUUAGAGGACUUGACAUUUGCGGCGCUUGAACGACACGUCAGUCGACUGGUGGCGGCAGUCGACUACGAUGUGUUUACUUUCUUCCAGAAAGGCCGACAGGUGCAAGAGGUGCUGUCGUGGCUCUGGGAUGUGGCUGUCUAUCCAAUUCUGAAGGCCCUGGGUUUCGACUUGGAAGCGUCGAAGCCAAUGAUUGAGCUCCCUAGAAUUUGGUGGAUUGCAGCUGGCUGGGUGAGCCAACUUCCCUUCCACGCUGCCGGACAUCCAGGCAGAUGGAACCGAUCUACCAUGGACCAUGUGAUCUCUUCAUACAUUCCCACCAUCAAGGCUUUGAGUUAUGCAAGAGAGCAGCCGCCACUUGGUACCGGUGCGCAAAAUAAUGGGGUUUCAAUUGUAACUAUGAAGACAACGCCAGGCUUCCAAGACUUGGCGAUGGCAGAAGAGGAGGCGCAAGUUAUCAGCCAGAUUCUGACAGAAUGUGCCGUUCCAUCGACACAUCUGCAACAACCAAACGCAUUCAAAGUGCUUGACCAGCUCAAGUCGUGCCAGAUGAUGCAUUUUGCCUGCCAUGGACAAAGCGACCAGGAGGACCCUCUAGAAAGUCACCUCCUCCUGGAGAAAAAGGACGCAUUCGGUCAAAGCCAGCUCGACCGCUUGACCGUUCACGCCAUUAUCCAGGCCAAAUCCAGCAAGGCCACGUUGGCAUACCUCUCCGGCUGUCUCACGGCGAAUAACCCGGUCCUGCAUCAAGCCGACGAGAGUCUCUCCCUGAGCAGUGUCUUCCAACUCGCGGGUUUCCGGCACGUCAUUGGAACAUACUGGACCUCAAAGGACGAGGCCUGUAAAGAAGUUGCGCGAGGCUUUUACACGGCGCUCUUCGAUGCACGUCACGCCCAUAUAAACCCGGAUCGGCGGGUCGCUCUUGCGUAUCACAUGGCUUUGACAGAGUGGCGCAAGAAAAAACCCAAGAAUCCGCUCUGGUGGGUGCCGUUCGUUCACAUAGGAGCCUGA